CGAGCCCGAAUCCGGGGGGGGUGUCGGCAGAAAAUCGAGCCAAGUCAUUCAUAAUAAUUUGAAUUUCCUUUUCUCUGCUUCAACCUUCUCCGUCUCAUCUUGCUCAACCAAUUCCUUUCUUCAGAGCAAGUUUGAAGCAAGAAAAAUGACGCCGUCAAGAGGCCAGGUUCACUCACCUGGUGAGGCCGUCGCGAGGAUCGCCUACCUCAGCAGCGACGUCGUCGUUGCUGUCCAGCCUUCUCAGGCCACUGACUCGGAGUUCUCCUCUCAUCUAAAGCGUUUCCAGAGUCGCAAGGCUAAGAGCCUUGUCGCCACGGCUGAUGGCGCUGUUCCUGAAAUCAUCUCUGUCAGGCACAAUGCCGACCCAUUGCUCUCCGUCUUCUCCCCCGUCCGGUCUGGGAAGCUCGUCGCAGUCACCACUCCAUCUUCCAUCCUCCUUCCUGCGAUCUUCCACCUCUACAAGCUCGCCAACUACCCCGUCGUACUUCACGUCUCCCUUCAGCCCGCCAACUUCCCGGACUUUUCCGUCAUCACUGCCAUCCGCAACUCGGGAUGGACCUUUCUCCAAUCUCAGACCCUCCAGGAGGCCCAGGAUAUGGCCUUGACCGCUCAUGCCCUGGCUCUGCGGUCCGGAAAGGGUGUUGUCCAUUUCUUCGCCACGGGUUCUUCCGAGGGCGACGGGCCCAUCGAGGCAGAGGAUGUGAAUGCCGUACGCGAAAUUCUCGACCUGGACACCGCUCGCCGUUUCCAGUCGAGCUCCGACGGCGCUACCGGCAUCUACGCAGAUGACGGACGUAGGCCCGUCGCUUCGGACCGCUCUGAUCUACCUCCUGUAGUAGGCCGCAACGGCGCACCGACCCCCGACCUCGCCUCCUCCAUCCACUCCAAGCUUGAAUCGUCUCGCACCUCUGAACUUUCUAGUCAGCAGAGCGCGACCGAGAGCCCUCCGUCCGUGGCCUCGGCCGCUACUACCAUCGAGACCACUGUACCUGUCGUCACCUCGGAGGACAUCCUCCGUUACGCCAACGGCGUCUGGUCGCAUAUCAAGAGGCUCCUCGGUCGUGAGUACCAGGCUUUCUACUACGCUGGCCCGGCCAAUGCCGAGAACGCCAUCUUCGUCUUCGGCUCCGGUGCCUCGUAUUUCACCAAGGUCAUCGAAGAGGCGCGCCGGGGAGGCGACUUCUCCAAGGUUGGCAUCGUUGCCGCCCGCCUCUACCGGCCAUGGCUGAGCUCCGCCCUCAUCGAGGCCAUCCCCCAGUCCGUCAAGAGAAUUGCUGUCCUGGAGCAGAUCCAUAGGCGGACGACCAAGUGGGGUCCCGUUUUGCUCGAUGUGCUCACCAGCAUCAAGAGCGGCUUCGGCGGCGUCCAGACCGUGGUCGGCUACCAGCUUGGCUAUGUCAACGCCAAGAACGUCACCCCGUCCCUACGAGCCGUCCUGCAGAACCUGACUUCGGAGAAGCCUGUUCAGAACCUCGAGGUGGGAAGCAAGGACGUCCCUGCCCCCGUGACCGACUACGGCCUGGAGAAGCCCCAGGUCGAGACGGCCUACACCAAGAUCCUCGACCAGCUUUUCGGCCAGCGGGCCUUCGUUGCCAACGCUCUCAAGUCCAGCCAUGCCGGCAUCUCCUCCACCGUCGUCGCCAGCCCCGAGUUCGGCUUCGGCUCGCUCAUCGCCCGAAAGGAGCGCCGCGCCCGUUUCGUCGACGAGGUGAAGGAAGCCGCCACCAGCAACCAGUUCAUCACCGAAAAUCCCAAGAGCUGGCUCGCCCGGUGGGCCGCCAACGCCGACGACGUCACCAAGGCGGGGGAGAUCGCCGACGAUGUCCUCACCCGCCUCGAGACCGACGGUUCUCCGUUGGCCAGGAACCUUCUCGACAACAAGCGUCUGUUCCGCAAGGAGUCCCUCUGGCUUGUCGGCUCUGACGCCUGGUCCUACGACUUGGGCAACUCGGGCGUCCACCACGUCCUGGCCUCGGGCGAGAACGUCAACCUGCUGAUCAUCGACUCCACCCCUUACUCGGAGCGCGCCGCCGCCGACGCGAACCGGAGGAAGAAGGAUAUCGGCCUCUACGCCAUGAACUUCGGGAACGCCUAUGUCGCCUCGACCGCCGUUUACAGCUCGUACACGCAGGUCCUGCAGGCCAUGCUGGAGGCCGACAAGUUCGACGGCCCCUCCGUCGUGCUGGCAUACCUGCCCUACUUUGGCGAGCACGAUUCUCCUCUGACCGUGCUGCAGGAGACCAAGAAGGCGGUCGACGUGGGCUACUGGCCGCUGUACCGGUGGAACCCACACAACGAGGCCAAGGGCGAGCCCAACUUUUCUCUCGAUUCGGAACACAUCAAGAAGGAGCUCAAGGACUUCCUCGCCAGAGACAACCAGCUGACCCAGCUCAUGAAGAAGGACCCUGCAUUCGCCUCGAGCUUGGCGCAGGACUUCGGCACCGAGGUGCGCGCGCAGCAGAAGCGGAAGGCCAAGGACGCCUACAAUCAGCUGCUCGAGGGCUUGCUCGGAGCCCCGCUCACCAUCCUGUACGCCUCGGAUAACGGAAACGCCAGCACUCUCGCCAAGCGCCUCGCCAAUCGGGGCAAAGCGAGAGGCCUCAAGUCGACCGUCAUGUCGAUGGAAGAUUACCCCCUCGAGGAUCUUCCCUCCGAGGAGAACAUCGUCUUCAUUACUUCCACCGCCGGCCAGGGUGAGUUCCCCCAGGACGGUCACGCCUUCUGGGAAGCCAUCAAGGACAACACCGAGCUCGACCUUGCCACCGUCCGCUACUCGGUCUUCGGUCUCGGUGACAAGCACUAUUGGCCGAGGAAGGAGGACAGGAUCUACUACAACAAGCCGGCCAAGGACCUUAAUCGUGUGCUGAGCAACCUCGGUGCCCAGAAGCUGGCGGACAUCGGCCUCGGCGACGACCAGGACCCCGACGGGUUCCAGACGGGGUACCAGGAGUGGGAACCGAAGAUCUGGCAAGCGCUUGGCGUCGACAAGGUCGAAGGUCUUCCCGAAGAACCGCCUCCUCUGACCAACGAAGACAUCAAGCUGGCGUCCAACUACCUCCGUGGCACCAUCUUGGAGGGCCUGAAGGACACGAGCACCGGCGCGCUCUCGGCUUCAGAUUGCCAGCUCACCAAGUUCCACGGCACGUACAUGCAGGACGACCGUGACGUCCGGGACGAGAGGAAGGCCCAGGGGCUCGAGCCGGCGUACUCGUUCAUGAUCCGGUGUCGGCUGGCCGGUGGCGUGGCCACGCCGCAGCAGUGGGUCCAGAUGGACGACAUCAGCACGUCUCUCGGAAACGAGACGAUGAAGCUGACGACUCGACAGACCUUCCAGUUCCACGGCGUUAUCAAGAGCAAGCUGAAGCCGGCCAUGCAGGCCAUCAACCGCUCUCUCAUGGACACGAUUGCGGCCUGCGGUGAUGUCAACCGUAACGUCAUGUGCAGCUCGCUCCCAACCCAGUCUAAGCUCCAGAAGCAAGCGUGGGCAAGCGCCAAGAGGAUCAGCGAUCACUUGCUCCCCUCUACCACGGCCUACCACGAGAUCUGGCUGACGGAUGACGACGACAAGAAGAUUCAGGUUGCCGGUAAUGCGGUCCAGGACUUUGAGCCUCUCUACGGGCCGACCUACCUGCCGAGAAAGUUCAAGAUCACCAUCGCCAUCCCGCCGCAUAACGACACGGAUGUCUACGCUCAUGACAUUGGCCUGAUCGCCAUCAGGGGGUCGGACGGUGAGCUCGAGGGAUUCAACGUUCUCGUCGGCGGCGGUAUGGGCGCCACGCACAACAACAAGAAGACGUAUCCGCAGAUUGGCCGCCACCUCGGCUUCUGCAAGGCCGACGAGGUCCACACCGUGUGCGAGAAGGUCAUGCUGGUGCAGCGCGACCACGGCGACCGCAAGAACCGGAAGCACGCACGUCUGAAGUACACGGUUGACGACAUGGGCGUCGACGUCUUCCGGGGCAAAGUGGAGGAGCUCUGGGGCGAGAAGUUCGGCAAGCAGCGGCCGUUCGAGUUUGCGAGCAACAUCGACACCUUUGGGUGGCUGCGGGACGAGACUGGACUCAACCACUUCACGGUAUUCGUGGAGAACGGUCGUGUCGAGGACACGGCGACGUUCCAGAUGAAGACGGGCCUGCGCGAGAUCGCCAAGGUGCUCAAGGGCGAGUUCCGGUUGACGGGCAACCAGCACGUCAUCAUCAGCAACGUGGCGGACGAGGACCUGGACGAGAUCAAGGGGCUCCUGCGCAAGUACAAGCUGGACAACGUGCAUUUCUCGGGUCUGCGGCUCAGCUCGUCGGCCUGCGUCGCCUUCCCGACGUGCGGCCUGGCCAUGGCCGAGAGCGAGCGGUACCUGCCUGUGCUCAUCGACAAACUCGAGGCGACUCUGGAGGAGGUGGGUCUGCGCAACGACUCGAUCGUCAUGCGCAUGACGGGCUGCCCGAACGGCUGCGCGCGGCCCUGGCUCGCCGAGGUGGCGUUCGUGGGCAAGGCGUAUGGCGCGUACAACAUGUACCUCGGCGGUGGGUACCACGGCCAGCGUCUCGGCAAGCUGUACCGGUCCAGCAUCAAGGAGGACGAGAUCCUGGCCAUCAUGCGACCUCUGCUCAAGCAGUACGCUCUCGAGCGUGAGGAAGGCGAGAGGUUCGGCGACUUUUGCAUUCGGAAGGGGGUCAUCCAGGCCACCAAGGAAGGAAGGGAUUUCCAUGAUAACGUUGCUGAGGAGGAUGAAGAGGAUGACGAGGAGUAAAGCUAUUUGCAUCAGCGGCGGUUGGAGCGGACAACAUCAGAGAUGGAAAUAAGGUAAAAGGGGUGAUGGUGUGAAUAUGGGAGGCUGGGCUCUGUACUACCUUAUGUAGAUGGACAUAUUUCGUCUCCCCAUCGUUCUGCGAGCAUCAGGGGAUUGAUUGGCGUUUCUUGCUGGGUUUUCUUCAUCUUAGCCCCCGUUUUGAAUAACAAAUUACGCUCGCAUCUUGUAUACUUCUCUGACCCGUGUGGCUCGUCGGAAAAUUAUUAUAGUAUGAGUGACUACAAGAGGAGAGUGGAGUGCUCUUGUAGGUGCCUUGAGGAGGGCUUCCACGUCCCUUGGGCCACGGGAAACGGUUGUCAGGGGUGAAUCAGGUGCGCAUGUACGUUGCGUUUUUGGAAGAGAGAAUCACAAGGAUGUUGAAUGGAACAAAACGAAGCCCCAAGUACAGUCUUGUCCCGUACUGAUGGAAUAGUAGAGGCUUGUAAAAGAUUUG